UUGCGGAGGCUCCUCCGCAGUGAUGCGAGGUGACCACUAGAGAGGAAGAAAGCAGUCCAACAUACACUCCGCACCAAUAUGGCACCAAUCGGAUUAAAGGCGGUGGUCGGUGAAAAGAUUAUGAAUGAUGUCAUCAAGAAGGUGAAGAAGAAGGGAGAAUGGAAGGCCCUGAUUGUGGACCAGCUGAGUAUGAGGAUGUUGUCUUCUUGCUGCAAGAUGACAGACAUCAUGACAGAGGGCAUCACCAUUGUGGAGGACAUCAACAAGCGACGAGAGCCUCUUCCCAGCUUGGAGGCCAUUUUCCUGAUUACGCCGACAGAGAAGUCUGUCCACACCCUCAUUGGAGACUUCAAAGACCCUCACUCAGCAAAAUACAAGGCAGCCCAUGUUUUCUUCACUGACUCCUGUCCCGAUCCUCUGUUCAAUGAGCUGGUGAAGAGCCGAGCUUCCAAAACCAUCAAGACUCUGACGGAGAUCAAUAUAGCUUUCCUGCCCUAUGAGUCUCAGGUGUACUCUCUGGACAAUCCUGAUGCCUUCCACAGUUUCUACAGCCCUCAUAAGACCCAGCUGAAGAACCCCGUGAUGGAGAGGCUGGCUGAGCAACUGGCCACGCUGUGUGCUACACUGAAGGAGUACCCGGCUGUCAGAUAUAGGGGGGAGUACAAAGACAAUGCCACCUUGGCUCAGCUGGUUCAGGACAAACUGGACGCCUACAAGGCUGAUGAUCCUACCAUGGGAGAGGGUCCAGAUAAGGCUCGCUCACAGUUGAUCAUCUUGGACAGAGCCUUUGACCCAGUCUCACCUGUCCUGCAUGAGCUCACCUUCCAGGCGAUGGGCUACGACCUGCUGCCCAUUGAAAAUGACGUCUACAAGUAUGACACCAGCGGCAUGGGUGACUCUCGUGAGAAAGAGGUUCUGCUGCAUGAAGACGACGAUCUUUGGGUUAGCCUGAGACACAAACACAUCGCCGAGGUGUCCCAGGAAGUCACACGUCAGCUGAAAGAAUUUUCCUCAAGCAAGAGAAUGAACACCGGAGAGAAGACCACAAUGAGGGAUCUGUCCCAGAUGCUGAAGAAGAUGCCACAGUAUCAGAAGGAGCUCAGCAAGUACUCCACUCACCUGCAGCUUGCUGAGGACUGCAUGAAACAUUACCAGGGGACAGUGGACAAGCUGUGCCGUGUUGAACAGGAUCUUGCAAUGGGCACGGAUGCCGAGGGGGAGAAGAUCAAAGAUCCCAUGAGGGCCAUUGUGCCCAUCCUGCUUGACGCCAACGUCAGCACAUACGACAAGAUCCGCAUCAUCCUGCUCUACAUCUUCCUCAAGAACGGCAUAACAGAGGAGAACCUGAACAAGUUGAUCCAGCAUGCUCAGAUCCCUCCUGAAGACAGCGAGAUCAUCAGCAACAUGGCUCACUUGGGCGUCCCCAUUGUCACAGACUCAACUCUCCGCCGAGGAAAGAAAAUGGACAGGAAGGAGCGAGUGAGUGAGCAGACCUAUCAACUGUCCCGCUGGACACCAUUGGUCAAAGACAUCAUGGAGGAUGCCAUCGAUGAUAAACUGGACACAAAGCACUACCCUUACAUCUCCACCCGCUCUUCAGCCUCUUUCAGCACCACUGCUGUCAGUGCUCGGUAUGGACACUGGCACAAGAACAAGACACCUGGAGAAUACCGCACAGGCCCACGUGUCAUGGUCUUUGUCAUCGGCGGUGUGUCCUUCAGCGAGAUGCGCUGCGCGUAUGAGGUCACACAAGCCAAUGGGAAGUGGGAAGCCAUUAUUGGUUCCACCCACAUGCUCACCCCCACCAAAUUCUUAUCGGACCUGCAGCACCCCGACUUCCGAGAGUCCACUAGGGUGUCCUUUGAGGACGCAGAGGCCUCAGACGAGUGAGGCAGAGACAGAGUGGGAGGGAGGGAGAGAGAAAUCACACAGAAAAAAGAUCCACCCACAUCUUCACCCCCACCAGCCUGCUGGAGCAGCUCAAGGCCAUGAACAAACCAGACGAGGAAGUGACAAGUUAAAAAACAACAACAACAACAAACCCCCCCCCCCAACAAGUCAAAGUCUCUCCCCCUCGACGUUGUUUAUUGUGUAUGCAUCUUGCUUGAGAAUAAAUACAAUGAAAAAAAAUAUGACAAAAAAAAAUACAUGUUGAAACUAAAGAAGUAUUCUCAUCUUUAACGGAUGCAAGAAAAUAUCCCAACAGAUUGAGGAGGGGACAUACCAAAAUCUCACCGUGUAUGCUAUGAAACCUGCUAGAAUAUGUCAAAGUAGAUCUGUCCUUGUCCAUCAGCUUAGUGAAAGGCGGGUGGAGAGUUGAAAUGUUGUAAAAUAUAUCAAUCAACAUGCAAUAUAUAUAUAAAUAUAUAUUUAAGUGGAGACGAGUCCCCCCCCCCCCCCCCCCCUCGCCGCUGCCCGUUUGAGAUGUUUGUACUAAGUAGCAUGCUUGGAUUGGUGUGGACUGUUUACUGUGUUUGUAUCCAGUGUGGAUGUUUGUUUGGGUUUGGUUUUUAUUUCAUUUGAUCUAUUUAUUUUUUAGGAGCUAGCUUUUUCCUAACAAGUUUUUGUUUUUGGAUACUCUACUGAAAACAUCCUGUAGAAUACUCCUUUCAAAACCACGAGUCCAGCAUCAAAGUUUCACAGCUCAAUCUAUGCAAGGUCACCACGCCAAUGCUUUUCAAGGUCAUGUCCACUCCUAUGGGAAUAUUCUAAAAACUGAUUUUUCUAUGCGUUUUGGCCUCUUGAAACAGUGUUUGUGUGCGGACAGGUAAAACGACGCAUUUUGCUUUGUGUCAUAAGAUAUGUGAGACAUUAUCAUACACAGAACAUGGAAUUAUGGACUUCAAAAAACACACUGAUGAUGUUUCCUGGGCUCCAUGGAAGUCAUUACAUCUAAUGUCUCACUAUAUUGACGAAGAGGUGUGUUGGUUCUGGUUGCUUUGUCAGGCUUCUGAUUGGCCAAAAUGCACAUGGAUGGAUCCACAUGUGUUUUUUUAAAUAUCUGUGUUUGCGUGGACAUAGCCUUAACGCUCACUUCUCGUUACUAAGCGGAUGCCUCCUGCUCACAAACCAAAGGGUUGAAUACAGUGGAACACGCUUAAGUCACUACUGUUUAUGUCGACAAUCCCAUCUACGGUACACUGUUUUUCUAAAUUGUAACGUACAGUCGACUGCUGUUGUCGGUAUAGAACACGAGACCCAAUGAACCCUCCGAUUUUCACAGGAAAACUAGCGUAUUUUAUCCGUCUUUAUCGGCGACCUGCGGUUUUAAUAGUUUCCCCUGUAAACAAAUGAAAGAAUUGCUCUCCGGUUUUGCUCCAUGUGCUCUCUAACACUCGGACAAUAUCGACAUAGCGACACAUCUUGUAACCCGUAAAGUCAGACCUUUCAAUUGCAAGACAAAUACCAGUAGGUCGGGUCUUUAGACCAACACAAUCCCCCGUUCUGUUGAACGGUUGAAUUUGACUUAUUUGAGAAUACAUUGAUAAAAAUGAGUACUUCCAAUCAUCAAAGAGGAUGACUCUCGCCGUUGACCAUUAUCAAAUAUUCUGUUGUUUUCCAGCCUGUACCGGAAAAAAAAUGCUGAGAAGACUGUAAAGGACGCUUUAUUAACUCAACACUAGUAGAUUUUCUUGAGUUUUAUUAACAAUUUACAGGAGGUUGCGGGUUGGGUUGAUAGCCAGUGUUCUCUCCGGUCUUCUCUUGUUACAAUCAAUUUGAAAGACUAAAAAUCGUCAUACUCUUUGAUGAAUGCAUUUAUUCAUGCAUGAAUUUUUCCGGAAAAACUGUGAGGAAAAAAAAAAAAUUACAGCAACUGUUCCGGGAAAUUGCAACAUAACUACUGUGCUAACUGCAUAGCCAACCGCUUUUGUAUUAGUAUCGUUAACAUCAUCAUUAUGACUAACAGCGUGAACGACAACUACCGUAUAGAGACAACCGUAUUAAAGCGCACACUGCGAUUUCCUGUUCAGUGCAAAGUAAGCUUCUGGAUUCUAUCAGCAACUAGAUUCAUCCAGUCUGAGGGGCGUCGACAUAAACGGGCUGCACUGUAGUUGAUCCCAUGAGCCGGGACAGUUUCUCGAAAAACAUUUCCAUGUACAGUUCUGAGUUGAAGGUGAAGUGUGGAGGUUUUGGCAAAUACCUUUGAAUGCCAAGACCGAAGGACUCACUUGAUAGACAGACGCCAUGUUUUCAAGUGAGUGAUGAAUCUGGACGAGUGCCAGUUGUAUUUCAGUAUUGUAUCCCGUCUUAUGGCUUAGUAAUGAUGUUGCACUGAGUAGUGUUGUGUAUUUGUUGCCGUUUAGCGUCUCACUUGUUGACUGUGAAGUAGUGCUAGCUUUCCUUUAUGAAUUGACGGCGAUGUGCAGCCACUGUAUUUGUGACGUGUGUAGCUGUUAGUGGUCAGUAGGAAACAAACAAAAAAGAAAUAUAGAAAUAUAUGGUUUCUAUGCCUGAUUUUCCUCUGGUGCAAUGUAAACCCCUCCCAUGGUGAAUGGCUUUGCAAGAGUAAAAAAACACGUUUAACCCCCCCCCCCCCCCCUUUCGCCCCCUUCCCAGCAAAAGUGGAAUAUUGCACUAUAACGCAUUUUCUGUGCUGCAAACGCUUACUUGUGUACUUUCUUUUUCUGUUGUAUAGGAUUAACUGUCAAAUCCAUUGAUUUCUUUUCAACUGCUUUAUCUUGAAAAAAAAUAAAAAUAACGGCACAUUAGUCUGUCCUUCAACUUAUUGGGAAUGUAUGUUUGCAAGUGUUGAAGCACAAAAAAUACUUCCAUGUGUACCUUAUAUGUACUAAGGCUGUCCAAUAAAUUGGCUUCCACUACA